AUGGCCUCAGCUGAACCUCACCCGCCCGCACGACCAUCCAGCGACCCCUACUUCAGCCUGGGAACAUUGAGUCGCCAAGUCAGUACCAACUCACAAGAAGCCCAGAUAUGGUUUGACCGGGCGCUCGUCUGGACUUACUGCUUCAAUCACGACGAAGCAGUCACCUGCUACAGGCAGGCAAUCGCGCACGAUGAGAACUGCGCAAUAGCCUAUUGGGGGGUAUCCUUCUGCUCUGGCUCCAACUACAACAAAACAUGGGCAUUAUUUGACGAGAAAGACCGAAUCAAUGCGAUUAAGCAGUGCUAUGUAUUUUCUCAAGAGGCUCUGAAGCGGCUCGAUCAUGCAUCAGCUUGGGAGCGGGCGCUCAUCAAAGCUCUUGCGAAACGAUACCCUAACGAUGAUCCGAGCAGGAAUCUGGCCGCCUGUAACAAAGCAUACGCGAAUUCCAUGAGAGAUGUGUAUUUGGUACUCGGUCGCAACAACUUCGACAUUAUCACCCUCUUCGCUGAUGCGUUGAUGAACUGCGCUCCACGGAAGCUAUACGACGCCCGUACGGGACUUCCAAUUGCAUCGUCUCCAGUGUUUGAAGUGAAAGAUAUGCUGGAAAACGCGCUGAAAAUGCCGGGAGUUGAGCAGCAUCCAGGUCCCGCGCACAUGUACAUCCACCUGAUGGAAAUGUCAGCAACACCCGAAGCUGCUUUACCAGCGUCAGAGAUGAUCCGCGAGAUAUUCCCCGACACCGGUCAUACAUUUCACAUGCCAGCCCAUAUCGAUGUUCUCGUGGGCGAUUAUCGUCGCGCAGUCGAAUACAACUUGAAGGCCACCAUUGCGGAUGACAAAUUCUUUCAACAGAAUGGCGGCUUGACGUUCUAUAGCUAUUAUCGACUUCAUGAUUAUCAUUCUCUCAUCUACGCCGCGAUGCUCGGUGGAAAAUCAAAGGCGGCAUUGUCAGCGACAGAUCGAAUGGAAGCUACCAUCACAGAAGAGAUUCUGCGGGUAGAAACACCUGCACUCGCGAAUUGGAUGGAAUUUUUCAAAGCUGUCAGAGUUCACGUGCUUAUUCGCUUCGGAAUGUGGGAGGAACUUAAAAAGCUUCAGCCCCUCGAGGACAGGCAUUUAUAUUGUGUUACAAAUGUCAUGCGGCACUACGGAAAGGGCAUUGCGCAUGCUGCUACAUUGCAGCUUGAAGAAGCAGACAGGGAGCGAGAGCUUUUCAAAGAAGCUUCCAAGCUCGUCCCGCCGACGCGUCUCGACUUCCCGAAUAAAAUCAUUGACAUUCUCAAGGUGGCAUCUGCUAUGCUGGAUGGCGAAAUCGAAUACAGAAGUGGAAAUUACGAGACUGCAUUCAGCAGACUACAGGAUGCAAUCACUUUGGAAGAUGAGCUUCCUUUUGCUGAGCCCUGGGGUUGGAUGCUUCCUGCAAGGCAUGCAUAUGCAGCUCUCUCAUUGGAGCAAGGGGAAGUUGAGCGGGCUGCACAAGCCUACGCUGAGAAUCUGGGGCUUUCUCCUACACCGAAACGGGCACACCAACACCCAAAUAAUGUCUGGGCUCUUCAUGGCUAUCAUGAAUGCCUCGAACUAUUGGGUCGUCAGGCGGAAGCAACCAUUAUCAAGAAGCAACUUGCUCUUGCUCUUGUAGAGGCGGACGUUGAAAUCACAUCCUCCUGCUUUUGUAGGUUGGGGAAUAUACCUUUGUCUAGUGGAAAGCCUAAAGCGAAUGGUUGUCAUAGUGGGAAACAGAAGUGUUCGUGUUAG